UAAAUAGCAGUCGCUCGCUUUUUCAAUUUGUUUUGCUUUGAAAUUAAAUAAAACUUUGAUUUAGUGUUGUGUAUUUUACAAAUUUUCUACAAUCAUUGAUAACUUAAGAGGUGUUCGUUCUUUAAUUAAAUAAAAGUUACGAAUUCAAAUGAUGGAAAGAAACAUGAAACGAGAGCGAAAUACGAACUUUUCUCGUGAGGAGACCGAAAACCUUAUCUCUCUCAUAGAAACUUAUAAAAAUAUUAUAGAAAAUAAGAAAAGUGACGCUGCGACUUGGCAAGAAAAAGAAAAAGCGUGGAAAGCCAUUGAAUUUGAGUACAACAGCUGCGGUGUCGGCGUCUAUAGAGAUGCCAGGCAUCUUAAAUUAAAAUAUGAAGCUAUCAAAAGAGACACCAGAAAGAAAGCGAACCACAUUGCACAGCAAAAUGAGAAUGGUAGUUCUAUAAAUAAAGUACCCCCUUUAACACCAGCCGAGCAAAAAGUAAAACGUAUGCUUUCUUUGUCCAUUGAAGAUAGCGAAAGUUGUAGUAAUUCAGAUCAAAAUAUGGUUUCAGAAAAACCCCAAGAAAAGAGGCCUUUUGAUAAAUUAGUGGAAGCAAAACUAGAAGUAGUAGAGUUGCGGAAAAAAAUAAUUGAGGAGGAACUACAAGAAAAGUUAUUAAAAAAACAGAUGCUGAAAGAUGAAAUGACUUAUAAAAAAGAGCUGUUUGAAUUGGAAAAAGAAGAAAGGCUUUUAAAAAUUGCAAUUUUAAAAAAUCAAAGAUGAGUAUCUAAAACAAGUCCACAAACGCACGAAGCAGCUUGCCAAGCUGCACAUCGAACGAUUCUUUCUGAAUGGCUCCGAGGAG